AUGGAACCAUUUUCUCAUAACAUGAUGCGUUUGGGUGUUGCUACGGUAUGGAACGAACAACGAGUGUUUGAUUUACUUGGUGCACAACGCCAAUAUUUUGAUCAGUUCAUUGACGCGUGGAAAGCCAACGAUCCGUAUCAGCAGCGUAUCCACAUUCCUUACGUACGUUUUGCUACUGAAACCAUCGGAUACUUUUUUUUGGAGCAUUUGAAUGAAAGCGGAGCGGCGUACUGUACUGAAAUCUAG